UGAGUUGAAUCAAAUAUUAGUUAUUGUCAAAGCAGUGUCGAUUUAUUCCAAUUUUCUUACAUUGUAAAAUAUUAAAUUAAAAUUCUGUUUAUUUCUAGCUUGUUCACUUGUUUUGAAAAGUUUCGCUGUUAGAAAAAAAUAAAUAUGAAUGUCACAUUUUAUACUUCAUUAGCGUAUUCAAAUCUACUGUGUGUGUUUUGGCAAACAAAAGUUGAGUUAGUUGGUUACGUUAUUAUAAUAUUUUUAUUAAUUACUUGGUGCCGCAUCAAAUGGAAUCGUAGGCUUAUUGAUAGAUUUGCAGCUAAAAUACCAGGGCCUCCAUCAUAUCCAUUAAUUGGUUCAUUACUAGAAUUUAGAGGCACAUCACAAGAUAAAAUGGAAAAGUUUAUUCAGUUAAAUGAACAGUACGGCCCGGAACCAUUUAAAAUCUGGUUAGGUUCUUCACUUGCUUUAUAUGUUAUGAAGCCAGAAGAUAUACAAAUAAUAUUAAACAAUUCUAAUGCUCACGACAAAGGUCUAUCUUCCAAAAUUUUGAGUGAAGCUUUUGGAGAAGGAUUGUUCACUGCUGCUGUUCCUAAAUGGAAAUCGCAUCGACGAAUUAUCUCUCCUUUUUUUAACACUUCUCAUAUAAAUACGUUUUUGUCAGUUUUUAACGAAAAAAGUGCAGCAUUCAUAUGGAAUCUUCAAAAAGAAAUCAACAAUCAACAAUCAUUUGAUAUUUGGAGUUAUGUUUAUUCUAUUUCUGUUGAUGCAAUUUGUGAAACAACAUUGGAAUAUGAUUGUGGUAUACAAGAUAACGACAAAUCUGAAUUUUUUGAUUCAAUAACAAAAUUUUUUGAGCUAUUUGAUGAGAGAAUAAUUAAACCAUGGCUGUAUCCAGACUUUAUUUUUAAUAUUUAUAAAAAAAUAACAGGGUUGAAUCAAAUAUAUGAAAAAUUAUUUAAAUUUUCCGACAAGAUAAUUAAAGAAAAAAAAAUCCAAUUUGACCAAAGGAAGAAAACCAACCACAGUACUUUAAACAUAACCAGAAAUGAAAAAAAACAAAAAAAUACAUUAUUGAAUGUGUUGUUGGAGUUAAAUGAUGAUGGAGCAAAUUUUUCAAACAAAGAUUUAAGAGAUGAAGUUUUAACUGUGAUAUCUGGAGGCAGUGAAACUAGUUCUAUAACAACUUGUUUCUGUAUUUUAAUGUUAGCUAUCAAUCAAGAUAUACAGGACAAAGUUUAUGAUGAAAUCUACCGAAUAAUGGGAGAAGAUGAUCGAAUAAUAACAAUUGAAGAUACCGUUAAGUUUGUAUAUCUGGAACAAUGUAUCAAGGAAACUCUUCGAUUGUACCCCGUAGGAGCAGUGUUUAUGAGAUAUCUUCAAGAUGAUGUCAAAAUACGUAACUACACAAUUCCAAAAGACACUACUGUUAUUAUAUCACCAAUAGGUACCCAUCAUUUACCAGAAUUGUACCCAAACCCCUGGAAGUACAACCCAGAUAAUUUUAAUCCAGAAAAGGUUGCUAAACGACACAAGUAUAGUUUUAUUGCAUUUGGUGGUGGACCUAGGAACUGUAUAGGGCAAAAGUAUGCAAUGCUAUUUAUAAAAGUUCUGUUAUCAACAUUUUUACGUAACUAUAGUGUACAUACUAAAUGCAAAAUGUCUGACAUAAAGUUAAAACUUGAGUUAUCGAUGAAAAGCGUUCAUGGUUAUCAAGUAACAAUACGGCCAAGACAUAGAAAAAGCAACUUACUAAGUAAAAUUGAAUGAAAAAAUGUUAUGUAUAAUUUAAUAAUAUACAAUUAUGUUUAUAUGUUAAUCAUUAGAAUAUUAAUAAUUUUACAAUAUACAUUUAGCUUCGAUGCGAAUUUUAC